UUAAUCGUAGGGAUAUAAAUUCAAUAGUAUUUUUGUGAGGUUUAGUGUUGACUCUGUAUUGUAAAUUCAUGUACAUGAUUAAUGACGACGCAGAUGAUAAAAUGAACAAUUUUCGUCAUGGUUGGUUUUGUUCGGUCGUGGUGAUUUAAAACAUGUUUGAAUUAAAGUUGUGAUAGAAACAAGGUUGUGUAUUAUACAAUGGUUUGUGAAUAAUAUGGACCCUACAGAACUCAUACCAGAACGAAGAGCAAAGAGUUGGAAACGUGAGCACGAGGAACGAUGCCGCAGGCAUCAAAAUAAUAGUGAUCAAAAGAAAUUUAAUGAUCCUGGGUGUGGAUCGGAUCAGUCUGUACUUUUAGAAAUCAAGGACAGUUUAUCAGACUUUGUGAAAGAUGCUGGUGGAGUAGAGAAGAUGGAAAUACCUGCAAAUGACAAACUUGAUGGUUGUGGCAUUGUUGAUGUUGAAAAUGAAGAUGCUUUUAUCUUGAGGUCUGCCACCGAGGAUUCUGAAUGUGAAAGCACAAACAAAGCAUGUGUAGAAAGUGAUUUAAUUAAUAACUUGGAAUAUACUGACAGAACACUUUGUGAUGGCAGCAGGAACGAAAUUUUAUUUCCCUUUGUGCAGACUACAGAAGGUUCAGAUUUCAAAACUGAAAAUAAUUUGUUAUUUAAGCAGUUUCCUGAAAAGAGGGGAAGAGAAGAUUUCAUUGAAAUAAAUGGUUUUAAUGUGAAUUUUAAAGGAGAUUCUACCAAAUCAGGACAUACUAGUGGUGAUUUAUCUGUGUGUGAAAUUGCAAUGGAAGAGGAAAGUAAGUUACCCAUCAUGUUCCAGCAGUGUGAAACUGAAGCUCAAGGAAACACACAUGAAGAGCACUCUAAAAUUUCAAGCUGGACUGAAACUGGAUCUUCAGAAUUACAUAAGGCUCAGUGUUGUCUUUUAGAAUGUUCAGCAGAACUGUCAGGCAUUGCAGUGUUGGAAGGAACUGAGUUGGUUGACCUGAGGGAGACUUUGCCCAGGAUGGACAAGGUCACGAAUAUCUCACUUGAAGUUUCAGAAGGGACUCAUUUGAAAUCCUCAGGAAUUCCAGAAGGGGACGCAGCACUACUUACAGAUACCAAACCAGAAGCAUUAGGAAGUGCCAUACCAAGGUGCCUGGACAUUUUGAAAGAUGGUUCAUUAGACAGAGUGUCAGGACAAUCAGGAUUUACAGAUGUGUUGCAAGGAUUUGCAGGAAACUUCAGGACACUUCCUGAAUAUAAUGUGAACACUGAGGAAUCUAUACAGAAAACAAAUGUUUCACUUGACACAGGAGACAGUUCAGGAAAUUGUAAGGAGGAAGGUGAAGUUUCAAGUUUUGAAAUUGUAGAUUUAUUAGACAAUUCUCGAGACCUAGAAUGUAUUAAUAGUUGUAGCUUUGACUUAGAGGACAGGAAUGAGGCACCAAAUGAAUACCAGAAGGGCAGUUUAGAAAAUGAUGACCAGAACGGUAGUUCUGAUGAUUCCAUAUUCAACAGUUCGGAGACUCCAGGAAAUGUUACAAAAAAAAUGAGUGGAGAAGGAACUCUUGGUAUUGAACAGGAAAAGAAUUUAUUUGUAGAAUUAAGCUCUGACAAAAAUUCUACAACACCUGUAGAAGGCAUUGACAUUACCGAACAUUUUAUUUGUGUGCUAGACAGUGUUAGAUCACCCUUAACUUUUCAGGAGAGAGAUCAAAGUGCUUCUGAGUUUUUAGGAGACCCCAACGCUUCUGGAGAUGUGAACACAUUUUUUGCUGACUUUUCCUUGGGAAAUAUGGCUGUGGAGUACAAAGAGACAGAGCAAAGCCAAGGCAUUAACUUAGGAAAUCCAACAGGGGAAUUAUAUGAACAAGACUCUAAGCAUUUCAUGGAUGAAUCAACUGAAGAAAUGACUGGAGAUACAUCUGCAGGCAGCAAAUACUGUUUUGGAGUAGACACUAUUCCAGAACAGAUAAAGCCAUCAGAAACUGCAUCUCUUCAUCCGUCUGAAACAUCAAGUGAAGAUAAGAAAAUUCUGGAUCUGUAUGUGUCUGAAGUAGAACAGAGACUCAGUCAGAAGCAAGUUCUUCGUGAGGAGAAUCAGGAUGUGGUCAGUCUGCGCCCAGAUGAAUAUCACUUCUCCAAACUGGAUUCAAGCCUUAAAAAGAAUACAGCAUUUGUGAGGAAAUUAAAAACAUUUACAUGUAGUCAGCUUGACUCCUUGCUGAAGGAUAUGUCAACACUCAACUUGACAAAGUAUAUAAGCGAAGCUGCAUCAGCCAUAGUAGAGGCCAAACUCAAGAUGACUGAUGUUAUGGCUGCUGUGGAACUAUGCAAUUCUCUGCAUCACAUGUAUGCAGAAUUUUCUUCACAUCUGUUGGAGAACUGGCAUAGGUUUUUAUCAAUCAAGAAAGAUGAUCGUAUGAUAAAUCAGAGUAAAUUGAGAGUGGACUUACGAUUUUAUGCUGAAAUGAUAAAUGUAGGGAUAUUCACACACAAGGAAGGAUUGCCUCUUCUAGGAAAUGUACUGACAGUGUUAGUUAACAUGGACAGGGAAGAACACAACAAUGUCAGUAUCAUUCUGAGUUUCUGUAGACAUUGUGGUGAAGAUUAUGCAGGUUUGGUUCCAAGAAAAAUACGAUUGCUGGCAGAAGAAUAUCAAAUUUUGCUCCCAAGAAGCAAGCUGCUUACAAAGGAAAAGCAGCGAAAUGUAAAAACUUUACUAAAAGACUAUUACGGUUCAUUAGUAAAACAUGUUAUGAAGGAACAUAGAGAUCUUCAGGCAUUUGAAAGGCAAAACAAGAAGAUAUUACAAACAAGAGGGGAACUGAAUGGAGAGCGGAAAGAAAAGUGGGAAAACCUGAAAUAUUCAUAUGAACGACUAUUUACGGGAAUGACUACAUUUGCUGAAAUACUUGAUGAAGAUUUGCCUGUACUUCCUGAGGAUGGUAUGCUUCCACAAUAUUUGAAGGAUGAAGAUUUGAGAAUGAUUGGUGCCAGUGAUGGUGAAGAGACUGGUUUCACAUCAACAAUCUGGGAGGAUGAAGAAGAACAGCGUUUCUAUGAAUAUUUGACAGACAUGAAGGAAUUCCUACCUAGUAUCACUGUUCGACCACUUGAACCAGUUUCAGAGAUUUCAGAAGAUGUUUUGGAUGCAGAAGCAGAGGAAUUGGAGGAGGAACCUAUUGCUGAGGGAAAGGAAGAUGAUGAGGAGCCAAGUCCUCCAGAACCUGAUGAUAUAGAAGAACUUGAAUCUGUGACAAAUUCCAGUAACAAAAUAUUAAUGGAGUCAUUUUUGACUCAUCUACCACACUGUGUUAAUCGUGAAAUGAUUGACAGUUCGGCAGUGGAGUUUGUUAUGAACCUUAACACCAAAUAUAACAGAAAGAAACUUGUCAAAAUGUUGUUUAGUGUACCACGCACUCGUCUGGAUCUUCUGCCAUUUUAUGCAAGAUUUGUUGCCACAUUGCAUCCUGUAGUACCUGAUGUUGCCAUGGAACUUGGUCAAUUUCUCAAACAAGACUUCAAAUUCCAUGUCCGGAAGAAGGAUCAAAUUAAUAUUGAAUCCAAGAUAAAGGUUGUGAGAUUUAUUGGAGAAUUGGUGAAGUUCAGAAUGUACUCCAAGAUAGAGGCAUUGUACUGCUUGAAACUGUUGCUUCAUGACUUUACACAUCAUCACAUUGAGAUGUGUUGCAGUCUUCUGGAAUCCUGUGGCCGGUUCUUGUUCAGAAAUCCGGACUCACAUCAGCGGACCAAAGUGUAUUUGGAACAAAUGAUGAGAAAGAAAAGUGUUACAGCAUUGGAUUCACGGUAUGUGACCAUGAUUGAAAAUGCAUUUUAUUAUGUGGACCCACCAGACACUGCACCAUUUGUGAAGAAGGAACGCCCUCCAAUGCAUGAAUUCAUUCGUAAAAUAUUGUACCAAGACUUGGUGAAGGCGAAUACAGAUAAAGUGCUGAGGCUGAUGCGGAAAUUGGAAUGGGAGAAUUCAGAUCUGGCAGAAUAUUCAGUGAAGUGCCUCACUAUGGCUCAUAAUGUCAAGUAUUACAAUAUACGUUGCUUGGCCAGUCUUUUGGCGGGUCUAGUAACACAUCAGGAGAUGGUAGGAACACAUGUAGUUGAUGGAGUGAUGGAGGAUAUCAGGUUAGGUAUGGAAGUGAACCUACCUAAAUACAGCCAGCGCCGUGUGGCAAUGAUCAAGUAUCUCGGUGAACUCUACAAUUAUCGUAUGGUGGAGAGUAGUGAUAUCUUCAAGGUUCUUUAUUCAUUGAUUUCAUUUGGUGUUUCUCUAAAUCCUUCAAGUCCAUCAUUCUUGGAUCCUCCUGAACAUCUGUUUCGCAUCCGACUAGUGUGCAUCCUUCUAGAGACAUGUGGCCAGUACUUUAAUAAUGGAAUAAGCAAAUUGAAGUUGGAUUAUUAUUUCACCUACUUCCAGAGGUAUUUCUGGUUGAAAUAUGAAGAUAAAUAUUGGACUCCAGAAAAUCCAUUUCCUGUUGGAGUCCAUUACUUAUUCAAAGAUACUCUGACAAGCUUGCGACCAAAACUACAUCUGCUUUCAAGUUUUGAGGAAGCAAAUCAAGCUGUUCAUCAGAUGCAGAUGGAAUUUGCACCCAUGCUAUCAGACCACAUGCCGUGGCUGUUUGGUGGGAGUGGUAGUGAUGCAGCAGACAACGUAGUCCCUACCCUGGGGUCUGAUCUUGGAACCAUUGUGGAGGCAGCAAGUGAAGGAGAUGAUGAUGCAUGUACUGAGUCAGAAGUUGCAGAUGUCACAGAUGCAGAAACAGAGACAGAAGGAUCAUCACAUGAUGGUCGGCCAGUGAAGAAAUCUAUAAAAAGUGUUGUUGGGGAGGAAGGUGAAGGUGGAGAGGAUGAUGAAGAUGAGUUUUGUGAAGCUCUUUCUGAGUUUGAAGAUGGAGAAGGAGAAGGAGAGCAAGAGUGGGGUGGCACAAGCUCUUCACCAUUACAGCAGAGUCAGGGAGAUGAGGCAUCUAUGGUAGCGGCCUUACCACAGGGCCCUACUCACGUUGACUGCCCAGAAGAUGAAGAUUUCCUCUCUGCAUUUGACAGAAUGGUAUCAGAUAACAUCCAGGACCGCAUGCGGGAGACAGUGAAGCCACAACAAGUUGACAUUUCUGUUCCAUUGCACAUUAAAGGCAAUGCCAAGAAGACCUAUGAGCAAUUGCAAGAGACAAGAGUUGAAGAGAAAUCUACAAUGAAUUUUGUGUUGAUGGUCAGGAAAGGACACAAACAGCAGUACAAGAGUUUAGCUGUACCCAUUAAUUCUGAGUUGGCGCUCAAUUUGAAAAAUCGUGAGGAGGCCGAACGAGCUGAAAAAGAGCGAGUGAAACGCCUCACCUUGGAUAUCAAUGAAAGACUAGAAGAAGAAGAUUAUCAAGAAAUGCUUGCACAGGCUCAGAGGCCUGUGAUCAUGAAUCUGAACAGAGAGAGGAAACACAAAUAUCAGCACCCAAAAGGUGCUCCUGAUGCAGACCUCAUAUUUGGACCAAAGAAGGUUAGGUGAAGUGAAGGCUGCAGAAUGUUUCAGAUUUUGAGUCAUAUGGAUUGAAGUCCACUGUGGUUGGUAAAAGGUGAGAAGAGACUGUUAGGUUUUACAUAAUAUUAACUAUUACACCAAAAACCAUUGAUUUGAUUUUCUUGUAACAUGGUUAAAUGGAGGAUACCAUCUUGAAAUCACCUGCCCUAUGGUCAUGUUAAUAGUAGUUUAUUGAUGGUUAUGUGACCCUUGUUUUGGAAACACAGACUAAUGUGUGCUUUUUUUAAGAUACGCAUUUCAGCUAACAUCAUGACAGAAUGGGGAAGAAAUUAAAUGCAGUGCAGUUUCUGAAUGUAAGACUUGUGAAUAUAAUUGCCUGUCUCAUUACAGACUUUGCUUUUAAUAUCAUCCUCUGUAUGUUACUAAAAGCUGAAAAGGAAAUUUACAAAGUGUAUCUAAGCCUAGUAUUACAGAUUAUUAUGUGGUUCAUUAAUUUGACAAAUGAUACUUUGAUCAUACUAAAGCAAUUAUCUUUUAAAAUAAAGAAAGGUAGGAAGGAACUAUGAAACAUUAGGUAUUUUCUAAUACCAUGGACUUGAAAGUAUUGAGUAAGUCAAGCAAUGGGACAGAAGUUUAUAAAGAACAGGCUUGUUUUUAUUAAUCUUUGGGGUAUGAGAUUUUCUUAAUGUUCAUUUUCUUAACACUGCUAAUACUGAAAUAAAACAAACUGUGUUGAUCAGUACACAAUUUUUAUGUAAGUUUGUUUUCUUCUAAUGUUCUCUGAGGAUUAAUAAAUUUGAAGACAUUUAACACUGAAAUAAUUGAACUUGGACCAUGAAAAUACAAUACUGAAAGAAGGAAAAUCUGAAAUUGGGAUUCUGUUUCAGGCAUUGUUCCUCUAUGUAUUGGUCUGUAAGUCAUUUUGUGGAUUUCAUAAAUAAAAUUGUCAUUCUGCUUUCUUAAGUGUAGUGAAAUCCUUUACAUGAUGAAAUUUAGAGAUCAUAUAUGUUUGAAGUUCUGAAAAUAGGUUUUUUAAUGAGCUAACUUUUCUUUUUGAAAUUAUUUUCACAUUUUUAUGAUUUUAUGAUGAUUCUAUAUGUGUGAAAGUGUAAAUAUAGAUUCACGUUUACACUGCAGUUUGUAAUUCCCAUAGUUUUGCAAGGCCAGUGAUUGUCAAUAUUAUGUAUGAUAAGUUGUAAUGGCAGAAAUAAAUAUGUCAUGUGGAACUUCAUGCAGAAAAGGGUUUCAGUUACUUUGAGACAUAAUUUGAAAUGUAUGUGCCAUCACCAUACUGGUACUUUUAAGAAUAAAAAAAGUUGACACAAUUUUUUUUUA